AUGUCAUUCAUCGAUCUGACGCCCGUCGCAAGCUGCUCAUCGUCCACCGCCAACUCGGAUUCUAAUUUUUCAACGAAAACUCAACAAAAUAUCCAUGCAUUCAAUCAGCUGCUCAAUGAGCUGGAUUUCGGAGCCGAAGAGACUAAGGAGAGGGAAUUUUUGGAGAUAGAAGACGUUCCGGAUACCUAUGAUGAGGAUGACGUGGAGGUAGAGGAAGAAGACGUCGCUAUCAAGUAUCCAUACGAGAGAGAAGACGUUUAUGAUGGUCUGAAAGAGAGAAUCGAGCAACGUCUUCAGGAUGCUGGAGAUGAGCAAUUGGAGAAGGAGGCGAAGGAAAUCGCCCUUAUCAUGAAGGUAAAACAAGCCGAAUGGGCUGAGGAGGACAAGCAAGAGCGUCUAGAAGCGCUCCAGAAGAAACGAGUAUCAGAAUCCGUAUACAUCUGCGUCAUGUGCUCCAAAGCCUUCCCCGACCCCCAACAACUUCAGAAGCACACGGAGACGUUCCACGAUCUAUCUGGCCAGAGAUUCAAGUGUACUCUGUGUGGAAAAGGAUACAAGCAUAAGAAGAAUCUGGCGACUCAUCAACUUUUGCACAACAAGGAGAUUCCGUGCUCAAAGUGCUCGUUGGUUUUUCAAUCGCAGGCCACUCUACACGUUCAUGAGCUUAAAAUCCAUGGAGAAAAAGAUCUAGUAGAGAAAAUGGAGGAUGACGAGGACUACGGUAGAAAGAAGUGCCCAAAAUGCGGAAUCCACUACUCGGAGAAGAUUUUCAAGCGACACACUUACUACUGCCUCAACAAGGAGAAAAUUGCGGAAAAGCGGAGGAAUUUAAAGGCGCAGAGCACGCCAACGAGCCCUGCAAUGUCUACAAUCAGUUGUGCGUCGUUCAGCAGCUAUCAACCCGGUCCAAGCACGUUUAGAAGUCCGUUGAGCAGUCCGGUGGUGUCAUUUAGAGACAAAUCGUGUUCAGUUUGUGGGGAGGCUUUCGCUAGUCGACAAUCGAUGUUGAGACAUGUUGGAAGGAAGCAUCCGGAGGUUAAGGACGAUCCAAGUGUCACCGCUGUUAGAUAUGUCACGAAUACUAUUGAAUCGCCAACCCAUCAAUACGCGUGCGUCGACUGUGGAAAACGACUGACGACCCGUGCCGCACUGACCACCCACCGCACUCGCGCUCAUUCUGGAAAACAAGGAACCGAAUGUCCCCACUGUCAGAAGACGUUCAUCGUGCCGUCGGAGCUGAGGAAACACAUCAAUAGAGUUCAUGGAGGCGGAGAGGAUCAGAAGACGUCGAAAGGGGAACAGCUGGAGAAUCUUCCCGAUAUUGACGCUAUUUUUUAG